UUUCCUGUGCUGCAGAGUUGCCCCACUGCUUCUCUUAAUGCCAUAUAGGCUCCAGUGUAUGUCAGUACACAUCCUCAGUGAGGAGCCUGUGCUUGUCAUUCCUGGCUCCAGUCUGGUUUUGAAAGCCCAGAUUGAGCAUGGACCCCUGGAAGAGGUCUCCAUGGUAACCUGGGAACGGGAGCCCGAAACUGGAAUAGCUCCUAUGAGGGAAACACUGGCCACAUGCCCUGGUGGAAGCCUCAAGUGUGACAGUACAAGGCCAAAUGUCCAUGUGAACAUGGGGCAGCACAAGACGACACUUCAGAUUAAUGGAUACACCAGAGUGGACCGCGGCGUGUAUGCUGUGACUGUGAUGGAUCACAAAGGAGUCAAGACCACUGCACAUUGUAUUGUCAGGGAAUAUGAGGCAGUGCACCACGUCUCCAUCAGCAUUAACGUGUCUCACUCCUUGCUGGUUUGCGGUGAGGCCUGGGGCACAGACCCCCACUUCAGCUGGUUCCACGAGAGAGUCGCCAUCACUGACAGUGUGGGAGGUGUCUCCAAAGACGGAAAAACCCUAGCUGUGACCAUGACUCCUAUGUGUGGCCAUUUCACCUGCAUAGUUAGCAACAAACUGGGCUACAGUUCUGCAGCGUACGCGGCAGGUAAACAUUGA